AAAAUGUUCUUCCUCCCUCGCCCCUUGUCCUGCAAGUGUAUACUCGUCAGACGUUAUGGAACGUCACUAGAAGUGUCCACUUAAUUUGAGGGCUGAGGGGAUUGAGUGUGUCUUAAGUGUUUGGAAUGCUGCCAGCGUUUCUCGUUUCUGUUGUUCUCGGUCAGCUUUUCACGUCUUAACCACGCCCGUCAACAAUCACCCACAACAAAGAUGGCGGCUUGCAGGGAGACGAGACGUAGCUGGAAAAUUCACUGUGCAUUUGCUGUGUUUAUCUUGUUACAACUAUUUCCUCUCGACUGCAUUUCGGCACCGCUGGAACCCGAAAACGAUUCAGUUGAGGUUCAACCACCUCUGAAUCCAGGAGUUGUUGGUUCAGAUCACUCCUUGCCUUUGGCAACCGCCAGCAAGGGUGCAGCAACAGCCGACAGCACUGGUACAACAGACAGCAAGGCAGACACAGUAACCAAUGACAAAGCUAGAACAUCUAUUGAGGUUGACACAGCAGUCAUUAAGGCUGUAACAGCAGACUUAAAGGAUGCUGCUGCUACACCCAAUGAGAGUGAUACGCCUAUCAAGGACGCUACCACACCUUUAGAAGAUGCUACCACACCCAUCAAGGAUGCUACCACACCCAUCAAGGAUGCACCUAUCGAUGGCGUAACAGCAUAUGUCGCACCGGCCACCAAAGGGGAGGUUAUAGCUGAAUCCCCUGCCAUUAUUAAUAAAAGUGGUGGCAAGGAAGCAGGACGGACUACUGAAGAACUACUUCCCAAUCCCACUGAUGCAGAUGCUGCUGCCACCUUUACCAUGGCUGCAGAUCCAGCCAUCAGCACCAUCACAUCCAAGCCCACAAUGGAGAAACCAAGCUCUGCCUCCAACACCAAGCUUGUCAGUCGCAUGAACCCUACAGAGGAUGAGCAAGAGGACAAUCUAGACUCCCAGGCAGAGACUGACGUGUACGACAGAGAAAAUGAGGACGACGAUGAGGACGGCGACUAUGACCUGGGGCCAGCAGUUAAGGCGCCUCUGAACUUCAACGACGAGGACGACAUCAUGGUGGACGCAGACAAUGACCCGGUGGUGCUCAGACCAGCAGAUAAUGCUGGGAAGAUAGACGUGCAUAUGAAGGACACCAACAUCUACACCAUCCAGGAUGAGGACUCGCACUUCUUCUUCCACUUGGUCAUCCUGGCCUUCCUGGUGGCCAUCGUAUACGUCACCUACCACAACAAGAGGAAGAUCUUCCUCCUGGCCCAGAGUCGGCGCUGGAGGGACGGCCUGUGCUCUCGCAACAAUGUGGAGUACCAUCGGCUGGACCAGAAUGUCAACGACGCCAUGCCUUCCCUCAAGAUGACUCAAGAUUACAUUUUCUGAGCAGAGAAGGAAUUUGAAAAGACUGAACUGAAUUGAACAAACCUGUUUCCGGCUGCAUUGUUGAAAUGCUCGCUUGCCCCACUUCCUCUUGCUUCAGGACAAUCCUGGGCAGGAGGGAGUUUGAUGGUACUUCAUCUCUGUAAUCGACAGCCUACACGGUUUCAAUGUUCAUCCACGUACAUCCACGUACAUCCAUAUUACUCUUUGUUUUGUUAACCAUACUCUGAGUUUGGAAAUGACUUAUUUUGGUGACAAUUACACUGGUCUAUAUGAAAAACAUUCUCACCAUGUUUAAGCCUUACUGUCCUUCUACACUUAAUAUAGUUUUGCUCUCCUUUUCUUUUGCAGAUAACACACACAGAACAUUUUGAUGUAUAGAUUGUCAGAAUCAAUAUCAAGAUAAAUAUGUUGUGAUACUUUGCUUGUUAGUAACUAGUUUGCCUAGCAAUGAAUGACGGCUAUUUGUAGUGAUUAGCCACAAAGCAUUUGUAGUUGUAGAAGUUAAUACUGUAGGAAUACAGCAUACUACACCAGUGUUUCCCAAAUCCUGUCUUCCAGUACCCCCCCAACAUUACAUAUUUUUGUUGUGGCCCUGGACAAGCACACCUGGUCUCUACUUGUCAACUAAUCAAGCCCUUGACAAGAUGAAUCGGGUGUUUUUUGUUGUUGUCCUGGGCUACAACAAAAAUGUAUUGUGUUGGGGGGGUACUGGAGGACCGGAGUUGGAGAACUAUACUACAAAAUAUAGACCUUAAUAAAAAUGAUCAUUUUUACAGCAAUACUGACAAUUAUUUAUGUUGUGGUUAUUUCUUAUGCUAAAUCCAUCCUCACUUGACUUUUAUUGACAUGACAGAACACACCACCACAUUGUGAUAUGGUGGCAGUUAUUCCCUGUAAUUGUAUUUUUCCAUAAUCUGGCAUUUUACUGGUCUUAUUAACACGUUUCCCAGAUUGCUAUACACUUAUCCCAGGACUGGUCCUCCUUUCUAUUUGUUCGGUCGUUCAUUCUCCUCUUUUUAUCAGAAAUCUGCACUCUUCAUGUGGCCUAAUGUGCAUGUAAAGCACCGAAGACACCGAUUACCUUAGAUCAAUCAGCACUCUCUCCCUGCUCUGGGGACAGAUGCAUCCCAAAUGGCACCCUAUUCCUUAUGUAGUGCACUACUUUUGACCAGAGCCCUUUGGCUCUGGUCAAAAGUAGUGUAUUGUGUAGGGAAUGGGUUACCAUUUGUGACGUAGACUCAGUCUGGAGGAAACGAUAACAACCACCGUCGCUCACUCGUCAUUACCUUAACGAGUCUUCAGUUAUAAUGCCAUUAUCCUGUGACAUGAAUCCAGAAUUAUCAAUUCUCAUGCACUUGUCAAUCGCUGUUAAUUUUCCACUGUCUUUUCAGUACAGAGAAGAAGCAUUAGCCUGAGUGCCAGUCUGUUUGUUCCAACUCGUUCACUCAUUGUCAUGACGAGCAUGUUUGCCUUGACAAUGAGCGAUGGCAUUGGAAAGGGCACAAAGGCUGCGUCUACACAAGCAGCCCAAUUCUGAUAUUUUUUCCACUAAUUGGUCUUUUCACCAAUCACAUCAGAUCUUUUUCAGAGCUGAUCUGAUUUGUCAAAAGGCCAAUCUUAAUCAACAAAAUAUCAGAUUUUGGCUUCCUGUGUAAACAGCCUAAAUCUGGGACCAGGCUAAAGCAUUGUAAAUAGGUGGUGGAUUUCAGCUCUGUCAGGAGCUGUGCGCACUCUGGUGUCACGACAAUCGCUAAAGCAUGGGAGGGAGAUGUCAUGCAUGGAACAGAAAUACGGUGUUGUGUAGCUUUCAUAUAGCAUGUGGUGGAUGAACACUGCUUUUGCAAUCAACUGUAGAGAUUCUAUAAAGCACAAUUGUAUAUGGGUCCCUUUUUGUCUCUUGCUAAUGCUUCAUUUGCUAUUAAUAAAUGUUAAUCUGUUUUA